AUGCGGAGGCUCGUCCUCCUGCUCUGCACCGGCGUGACCUGUUGCGUGGCGGCGGAGACCGCGCUGCUGGGAGGAGGUGGGGGAAACGCGGACCGCGUCCCCCCACGCACGGCGCAGGUGAAGUUCAGUCUCCGCUCGGCGCGGGACGGCGAGGAGGAGGGUUGCGCGCUCAGCAUCGGGCAGCGCGAGCGUCUGGAGGAGUGCAGGUUCAACCUGACAGCCAAAACCUUCCUCAUCAUCCACGGGUGGACGAUGAGUGGCAUGUUUGAAACCUGGCUGGGGAACUUGGUGGCUGCUCUUCAGGAGAGGGAGAAGGACGCCAACGUGGUGGUGGUGGAUUGGCUGGCGCUGGCCCACCAGCUCUACACCGAUGCCGUCAACAACACGCAAAUUGUUGGAAAAAGCAUCGCGAGGUUGCUGGACUGGUUACAGGAGAACCCGCUAUUCCAACUGGAGAAUGUCCACCUGAUCGGGUACAGCCUGGGUGCCCACGUCGCCGGCUUUGCUGGUAACCACGUCCACGGGACAAUAGGCAGAAUUACAGGCUUGGACCCAGCUGGCCCUAUGUUUGAAGGAGUUGACCCUAGCAAGCGCCUCUCCCCGGAUGAUGCUGACUUUGUGGACGUCCUGCACACCUACACAAGGGAGACACUAGGAGUUAGCAUCGGAAUCCAGAUGCCUGUAGGCCAUGUUGACAUCUACCCCAACGGGGGAGACUUCCAGCCUGGCUGUGGUUUAAGCGAUGUCUUGGGAGCCAUUGCCUAUGGGACAAUUGGUGAAGUUGUUAAAUGUGAACACGAGCGGUCUGUGCACCUCUUCGUGGACUCCCUCGUGAACCAAGAUAAACAAAGCUUCGCCUUUCAAUGUACCGAUUCCAGUCGCUUCAAGAAGGGCAUCUGCCUGAGCUGCCGCAAGAACCGCUGCAACGGCAUCGGCUAUAACGCCAGGAAAACGCGCAACAAAAGGAACAGCAAGAUGUACUUAAAAACGAGAGCCGACAUGCCGUUCAAAGUCUACCAUUAUCAGAUGAAAAUGCACGUCUUCAGCUACAAGAGCUUGGGAGAGGCAGAUCCCACUUUCUCUGUCACCCUUCACGGCACCAACGGAGACUCAGAACCUCUCUCUUUAGAAAUGCUUGAUCAAAUUGGUCUAAAUGCUACUAACACCUUCCUGGUCUAUACCGAAGAGGAUAUGGGUGAACUCUUGAAAAUAAAGCUCACCUGGGAGGGAACAACUCAGUCAUGGUACGAUCUAUGGAAAGAGCUGAAGAGCUACUGGUAUCGACCUGCAAAGUCUGCCCAGGAACUGCAUAUCAGACGUAUACGCGUGAAAUCUGGGGAAACGCAACAGAGGUUUGCUUUCUGCGUGGAGGAUGCCCAGCUCACCAGUAUAUCUCCUGGCAAAGAGCUCUGGUUUGUGAAGUGUGCAGAGGACUGGAGGAAAAG